CGAGGAAAAUCUUACUAGGACGAUCGAAGCGCUACGUGACUGUAUAUGUAUACAUGCAUAUAUAUAUUCACGCGGUUGAAGGAUAGAUUGUGCGUGUUUUAGGGUGUGUUAAAUAGCAAUCAGAAUGGCAUCAUACUCGGAGGAUCAACUGGCAGAGUUUCAGGAGGCAUUUCAGUUGUUUGACAGUCGAGGAGAUGGAAAAAUUCAUGUGGCCCAAAUUGGAGAUGCUCUGCGAGCUCUUGGACAAAAUCCGACUGAAUCGGAUGUAAAAAAGUUUACCCAUCAGCAUAAACCCGAUGAACGUAUCAGUUUUGAAGUUUUUCUACCAAUUUACCAAGCUAUAAGCAAAUCUCGAACAUCUGAUACAGCAGACGACUUUAUAGAGGGUUUACGUCACUUUGACAAAGAUGGAAAUGGCUUUAUAUCUUCUGCUGAAUUGAGACAUCUACUAACAACUUUAGGUGAGAAACUCAGUGAUGAAGAAGUAGAAACAUUAUUAGCUGGCCACGAAGACUCACAGGGUAAUAUUAACUACGAAGAUUUUGUCCGUCAAGUAAUGUGUGGUUGA